AUGAAAGGGAGAGCACUAUAUUAUAGAGGAAAACUUGCUUCUCAUCUUACUCAUGUAGUAGAAAAAAUUUGUUCAGAAAAUAGGUAUAAAGAAUAUCAAAUUAACAUUUUUUAAUGUACAGUUCAAUCCAAAACAGAAUGGGCCUAUCUAUAAUAAAAUUUAAAUAUUUCAUCUAUACUCUAUAAUAACUUACACUAACUCUAACACUACUACUCAUUACUACAAUUACUUCAAUUAGUCACAAUUAGUGUCAUUAGUCAUUAUUAAAUUAUUAUUUUUUAGUAAUAUUAGACUAGUCAACAAAGUAGUAAAUUAUGCAGCCGCACUGAGUCACUCUGAGGUUAUCAAUCAGUAACUACACUGAUACUAAUUUGUUAAAUCAGAAAUAUACAUUAAUACAUAAUAAUCAGUAAUUCUGUGACUAUGUAACAUAGUCACAGAAUUACUGAUUACUAGUAUUAGUUAGUAACUGAUUAGUGUGGCAGUCACCAGAUUAUUAAUACUAAUAGUCAAUUAACACAUUUAAAUUUAGGGUAAAUUUCGAGAGAUCGUCCCUCUAUGGCCGCCAUGUUGUUUGACACAACCAGUUAAUUCUGUCACUAAUGUAUCCCUAAAUCGAUCCCUAUGCCACUAUGCCUAACCUGAACCCUAAAUCGACCCCUAUGCCUAACCUGAACAAUAAUCGAUCCCUCAACCUAACCUAAACCCUAAUUCACUGCAACUAUAAUAAACACGCAAAUGACGUCACAGGAGGAUCUCUCGACAGUAGCCAAAUUUAGUAGUGGUACUAGUACUAGACACUAGAAGACUUACAGUGGUCCAGUGAGUGGACAGUGUCAUCAGUGUGGUUAUGUGAUUUGUAUUAGUUAUAAUUAUACCAAUGACACUUUAGUAAAAAUACCCCAAAAAAACCUAGUUUGCACCUCAUUGAGCCCAGUCCUGCCUAUCAUUUGAUGUUAUCUGUCUCAUAUGCCUUAGAAGUUAGAAGCGCACAACUUUGUUUGGGAAAUAUUAACAUAGACAAAGAUGCAGAAAUGCUAACAAAAUAUGAAAUUUACUUCUUUUAAAUCUGAAUAUUGGUGCAUUGGGCGUGUCUAUAGUCAUUGUUGCCCGCUGUUAACUUUACCUACGAGGCCUAUUCAUAAUCGUAUGAUUUGGUUUAUAUUAUAUAGAAAUUCCCCCCAGGGCAUUGUGCAGUUUUAAAUGGCUUGCUAAUGGCAAGUGGCUAAGCAAGAAUUGGAGUAUUGUAUUGGCUUAGUAGUGCUAUGAUGGUAAAAAAAAACAAUACUCAGUUUGAAAUCAGAUUUCUAAAACUUUAAUUGUUUUUACUCAAAGUUAAUUGUUUUUACUCAAAGUUAUACUUCUCUCGAAACUUACCUUUCAUGACACAAAUCAUUUAUAGACCUAGCCUAUCAAAUGUCAUUCUUAUUCUUAACAUGACCUAACCUUGUUUAUUUGUGUGUUACUGUUGAAAUUUAAAUGCAUUUAUUUUCCCUUCUUUUUAUCACAAACAGUGUUGAAAAAUUAGGAAAAAUCAUAUUUAUAACUAAACAAGUCUAAUGCUUUUCAUAUAGUAAACUAUAAGUUCAGUUAUUAUUCAAUUAUUGCAAAGGGGGGGGGGGGAGCAAACCAUGGCUCGUGAGCCAAUUGUGGCCCAUGCCUCUGUUUUGAAUGACUCGCGCUCCCUUUAUAAGUAAUUAAAAUAAUCAUUAAAAUGUAAAUAGAAAAAAAAAAUUAAUGUGUAAUUUAAAUUUUCGGUUGCAGAUGUCACUACUAUAUGGGGUUGUUUUGCUUUUCUGGAGACAUAAUAAAUUCCCUAAAAUGCCCCCAACCCUCGGUUUCACCAUUUAUGGCUCCAUGCCUCUGUUACCUCUUGAAUCUGGCUCACAGCUACAGAACUUUUGACAGCCUUAAUUUAGUGUUGCAUAAAAUUGGUUACACUGUUGUAAUACCAUUAUAUAUUGACUUAGUCUAAGAAUAAUUCUUUAUGAUCUCACACUUUAAAUUGUUCUUAAGUGUAUUCAAGACUUUUUCCAUCAGCAAUAACCAUUCAUGCUUACAGUAUAAUUUACUAAAUGCUAAUUAAUGUCAAUUUCUUUGUGAAAUUCUGCAUUUAAUUGUUUACCUUACACAUUUUCAGUUACUGUUUUAAUUCUCCCCAUUAAACCAGUACAUGUCUUGUAGAGAUGACUUCAAAAUUUGAUAACGGAACAUUAACUGGAAAGCCAGCAUCAACUAGAGGCGAUGACAAAUCAAAAACCAAAGCUGUUGACUUGGAGCGUCUUCGCAAGAGUCUAGCAAAACGAUCUUUAGAUGUAAAAUUUGACUUGCAGGAUACUGACUACAAACCUAUAGAAAAUAUUGGCAUAGGAGCUUAUGGGGUUGUAUGCUCAGCAAUUCAAAAGAAGUCUGGGGAUCGUGUUGCAAUCAAAAAGAUUCCCAGUGUUUUUGAAGCAUUGACCAUUGCUAAGCGAACAUACAGAGAAAUAAAGAUUUUGAAGCACUUCAAGCACGACAACAUCAUUUGCAUUCGAGAAAUCCUGCUUCCCAAAGAAAAUGCUAAAGACUUUAAGGUUAGAAAGUAUAAUUUUAUUUUGGUAACCAUCGACUCCUUACAAGAGUUACCUUAAUGAGUAGGAUCAAUUUUAAGUUUUAUAUAAUUUUGAGUUUUAACAAAUGUUCAACCCAGUUCAACAGCUUCGAUACACACUAGUAAAUUUUAAAGUUAUUUAUUUUGUACCUUUUCCUUUUUACUAAACACUUAAUAUUGAAUCGUUAAUUUUUGUAUUAAAAAUUAGUCUGUCAUUGUUUCUUUAAAUUACAGGAUAUCUAUGUUGUGUUUGAUCUUAUGGAAAGUGACCUUCAUCGCAUCAUCUACUCAGAACAGGAACUUAGUGAGGAACACAUUCGCUAUUUUCUGUAUCAAAUUCUGCGAGGAUUAAAAUAUAUCCACUCUGCUAAUGUUAUUCACCGUGAUCUCAAGCCUAGCAAUCUUCUUGUUAAUGAAGACUGCCAUUUGAGGAUUGGAGAUUUUGGUAACAGAACACUUUAAUUAUGCACUUGACUUAAAUUAGUGUACGAUCAGAAGUUGUUGAAGGUUCUUCUCACCUCAUCAAAUUAAAAAAAUAAACAGGAGGACCUUAUUGCAUAUUUAUAGCCUAUAACUUAAUUAUUAAUAUGUGUGCAGCAUUUUUAAGAUGGAAUAGAAAAAAUAUUUUAAUUUAAAAUAUGAGAAUUAACAUUUUUCACUUUUGAAAUGACCACUCGCAACCCAUUUAUGACAUAUUCAUGACACAUAGCAUCCAUGGUCUCAACACAUUCAUUUUAACACCUUAACUCACAAUAUCCCAACCUAGUAUUCAUUAAAAAAAGCCUUAAUUGUUAAGAAUUGAAUUUUGAUACCAUAUUUUGAUGCUCUUAACUUUAUCUAAUCCAGGUAUGGCCAGAGGUGUAUUCUAUACCCCCAAUGAACCUAGUUACUACAUGACUCAGUAUGUGGCAACACGGUGGUAUCGUGCCCCUGAGAUUCUCCUUUCAAUGCUAGAAUAUGGGACCGCUGUGGACAUGUGGUCUGUGGGCUGCAUUUUUGCUGAGAUGAUUGGCAGGAAGCAUUUGUUUCCAGGUAUCAUGAUAUUUUAAAUGUAUUCCACCCGAGCUGAAAAAUAAAACUCUGUAGCUAACAUUGUUCAUCAUGCAACAUUGUGUCAUGGUCUGAGAUGAUAAAAAAACAAUUCUGUUUUAUCUGUUUGUAUGAAUCGGAUAUUCCCAAACUUUUUUUGAGUCGCUGUGCCCUUUAAGCAUCCAGGUUUUCCUAAAUCAAGUAUGAAAUCCUAACAAGUGCACUGUGAAAAAGAGAAUUCGCAAUGAAUUUUUUUUUUUUCAAUUUGAGGUGUCUUGAGGGGGAGCUGCGGCUCUUUAUUGCUGCACGACACACAGUGUGUGAACCAAUUUUAUAAAUUAUUUUUUUUUUCAAAAAGGCUAUUAAGAAUUUUCAGUUUAAAAAAUUUGAAUGAUUUGUAAAUAGUUGUUAAUUUGUGUGUUGUUAAAAUUAUGUGUGUGUGUGUUAAUUCCAUACCUGUAGGAAAAGACUACAUUACACAAGUGAAGCUGAUUCUCGGUGUGCUGGGCACUCCUUCCGAUGCACUGUUGAAGAAUUGCCAAAAUGAUAUUCUCAAAAGAAUUAUUAAAGGUAGUAGAAAGAAGUUGCUUAUUAUUUACUAAGCAUAUUUACACUGUAAGGAUUAGUGCCUCAUGCUUUUUUUUAUGAUUUUUACUUACUAUAAUAAAAUUACGCCCAGUGCUUUUAAAAAGGGAUUUAAAAAGCAUAUAAAAUGUAACGACAUAGUAAUUCCAAAAUGUUCAUUUUUUUUUCCUAAGACUCUAAACCUUUUUUUUCCCAACUAUUUUUUCCUGACAGGGUUCACUAAAAAGGAACCAGUUUCCUGGGACAAGCUAUUCCCAAAGACUAGUAAAAAAUCUCUGGACCUGCUCAGCAAAAUGUUGGUGUUGAAUCCAACAGAUCGCAUCACGGUGGAGCGAGCUUUGUCCCACAGGCUGCUCAAUAACUACCAUGACCCAGAUGAUGAGCCCAUCUGUGUCCCAACAUUUAAUUUUGACUUUGAAAAAGAGGUAAUCUGGUAUUUUCUCCCCCCACGCUCUAUCACAAAUAGUGUAAAUUAAUUUUAAUAAUGAUGGUGUUCUUUCGGAUUUUAUUCAGAGUGCUUCACGAAUACAUCCACCAUUUCUUUCAAUACUUACGAGAACAUGAAGACAUGAUUGAAACAAACAAAAAAUCAUUAUUUCUAAAUAAUGAAAACUUUGCUCUGGAGUAAAUUAUUUAACCGGGUUAACUUUGAUGUGAAGUCAUAUUUAAUUAAAAACAUUUGCAAAUGUGAAUGCUCAACUUUUGUACAUUUCAGGAUCUGGAUAAAAAUCAGCUGAGGUCUGCCAUAAUGGAUGAGAUAAUGAGCUUCCACCAGCCAAAAGCUCCGACACUCAGCUUCAGCGCCUGCCUGCGGCCCGCUCCAAAACCAGAGGAUCAUGGACAUAAAGAGGGAAAGUUGGAAGAUGACCUCAGUGUGGUGGAGUCAGCUCAACCACCGCCAAACUCUGGUAAGUCCGCACUGUUGUUCAACACAUAAUUUGAUUGGCAAGCACAGGGCAAAAGUGUGACAAACUCACUGAACACAGAUGUGCCACUUAGCAGAUGUACUAAAAAAUAUAUUAUUAUUUUUAACAUGCAUAUUUUGUUAUUCAGGUGAGAUUAAACCCAACAAGGCAGAACAUGAUCUGGUAUUUAAAGCCCCCAGCAGUGUUGACUUUAAACCCAGCAACAAGGUCUCCCCGGUGUCUGUUGACAUUGGUAAACUUCAUGUGGUGACUGCCUGUGCAGAUAUUGAGAUGCUGAGCGCCCAGUCCAAUGAUGGGAGACCCAUGGACACACACCAGUCGGAUAUACUCAGCAUGAAUAAAGUGAUCUCAGAAGAUGAAGAGAAAGACGAACUGGACAGGAAGGUGGCUGGGGACAAAGACUUGAAAGGUCAAGGGGAUAAAAAAGGGGGAAACACAAUUUCAGAGGACACAAAGGCAAGAAUGAAACUUGCCCUGAUGAAUGCUACUCAGAGGAAGCAAAGAGCAGGUGCGUAGUCUUUGAGUGUUACAAAGAGCAGUUGUGCAGUCAUGAGUGUUACAAUAAAUUGAUCAUGGGCCCUUAAUAUAAAGAAGAAGAAGAGCAGGUAUGUAGCCAUGAGUGUUACAAAGAGCAGGUGUUUAGUGAUGAGUGUUACAAAGAGCAAGUGUUUAGUCAUGAGUGUUACAAAGAGCAGGUGGGCAGUCAUGAGUGUUACAAAGAGCAGGUGUGUAGUUAUGAGUAUUACAAAGAACAGGUAGGCAGUCAUGAGAGUUACAAAGAGCAGGUGUGAAGUAAUGAGUGUUACAAAGAGCAGGUGUGUAGUCAUGAGUGUUACAAAGAGGAGGCAGGCAGUCAUGAGUGUUACAAAGAGCAGGUGGGCAGUCAUGAGUGUUACAAAUAUCAUUGUGUUAGUCUUGCCUGGCAAUGGUUGAAAUUGUAUGUUUUUGCUUUCCAACCUUUAGCUGUUUAGGAAUGAUGCCACUUGCCAUCUUGUAAUGUAGCAUAUAUUUAAUGUAAGGAAUUUUUUUUAAUGGUUUUUACAAUGAUCCCACUCUCCCUGGGGAGCCAUCCUUGAGUUAGCCACACCUCCGUCACUAAAAAACUAAGCACCAAACUUAAACCAAUGAUGAAUCAAGAGGGGGUGGUGGGGGAGAUCUCUCCCAGAUUGCCAAACUUUUGGGGAUAUUUAACCAUUCUUUUCUUAGGGCCCUAAAGAUUUACUGCAAAAAAACUACCAGGCAGCCAGGCGAUAUUUACUCUCAUUUGAUUUAUAGUAUUUUUUUUUUUUUAUAUUUAGUGUGGGGGAUUUUACUUUUUAUUUGCCACAGCUGUGGCUAUUUCUGAAAAGGUUUCCUACCUUUGGUCUAGUAAUGAUUAUUCAAUAUUGAUACGUUUCACAACAUUCAUAUGUCAAGGAAAGUAAUACUCACCACAAUGUUCUCAUGUAAUAUGCAAAGCUAUCUCAUGCACAUCUCAGAUGUCAAGGAAAGUAAUACUCACCACAAUGUUCUCAUGUAAUGUGCAAAGCUAUCUCAUGCACACCUCAGAUGUCAAGGAAAGUAAUACUCACCACAAUGUUCUCAUGUAAUGUGCAAAGCUAUCUCAUGCACAGCGCAGAGGAAAGACGUUCAUUUGUGUGCACCAAUAAAAACGUGCAUUAAGCGUUCAUGACCCACGUAGAACAUGGAUCUCUGAAUCCAGGCAAUUCCUAUGGCCCGAAACAUGUUUCCGCCAAACCCUAAAAAAAAUCUCAGAAACGCAUCUGUCAAAAAACAUUUCACAAAUUCUUCAUAAUUACAGACAUCUCACCACUUAUAACACACUACAUCCAAUUCCUAUAUCAAGGACGCUGCCCCAGAUUAGUGAAAAUGCCAAUGAGUAUAUAACAGACAUAGCCAAAAAUACAGCCUUAUUUAUUGACUUCAACAUUAUUUAUUGGCACAAAUGCCUUCACAAAAUUGUGUUGUAUUAAUAUUAUACUAAAACCAGUGGCGGAUCUAGAAAAAUAAUUACAUAAGAGGCUGUAAAGAGGAUUAUUUGUCUCCCUAGUUUGGUGGGUCCGAUGCCUUCAUUCUUUCCUUGAGGCGCCCUCUACCCAUUCUACUCUCAAAGAGAAUACGCUCGCUCCUAUGUGCAGGGCGCAGCAGUGCACACUUUGGAUUGGAGGAUUUCAAUCAUGUUAUGAGAAUGCAAUACACUAACUGUUGCUUGAAUGUAAUACACUAACUGUUGCUUGAAUGUAAUACACUUACUGUUGCUUGAAUGAUCUUAUUUCAGAGUCUCAAGGAGAGGAGACCAAAGACACAAGGCCCGUAACUGCUGCCCAGAGACAGAAGGAAAGGGAAGAGAAGAGAAGAAAAAAGAAAGAGCGAGCACUUGAAAAAGUGAAAAAAUCUAAAGAAAAGAAAGGUGGGGCAUUCAUAUCUUUAUAAGUAAUGAAAGGUGUGUCAUUCAUAUCUUUAUAAGUAAUGAAAGGUGUGUCAUUCAUAUCUUUAUAAGUAAUGAAAGGUGUGUCAUUCAUAUCUUUAUAAGUAAUGAAAGGUGGGGCAUUCAUAUCUUUAUAAGUAAUGAAAGGUGUGUCAUUCAUAUCUUUAUAAGUAAUGAAGGGUGUGUCAUUCAUAUCUUUAUAAGUAAUGAAGGGUGUGUCAUUCAUAUCAUUAUAAGUAAUGAAAGGUGUGUCAUUCAUAUCUUUAUAAGUAAUGAAAGGUGUGUCAUUCAUAUAUUUAUAAGUAAUGAAAGGUUGGGAGGUGGGGGUUGUUAGAGAAAGAAAAAAUGUCCUUUUUACCUGUCAGGCUUAGGCUGAGAAUUGAACUCCAAUCAUCUGGUAUGGAAUGACCCAGGAUUUGAUCAUUUGGUUUGCUGAGAAAUGUGAAGAAUUAUUGAACUGCUCGUGAAAUUGUAAUAGUUUGUUAUCAAUAUUUUUACUGAAUAGUCAACAACGCUCUAACAAUAUUUUUGCUGUACAUUUUUUUGUAAGAAUUAAACACCAAUACCAUGACUGGCUUGACCCAAAGAUUUUACAAUGUGUAUGGUUGUGUGUGUGUGUGGGGGGGGGGGGGGGGGUGUUGUGGAGCAGGAGCCGAUAAAUGCCCCUGAUUAAAGGUAACAGAGCUUUACAACCUUUGUUUUUUUAAUUAUUUUUUUUGUAUACUAAUUUUGAUACUAUUGUCAUUGCUUUCAUUUUUUUUCUCAUCAGCAGGCUGUCAAGAUCAGUCUAUCACUUUGUCCAGUCAGGACGUGGAGCUCCUUCGUCGAUGGACAGUCAUGCAGAAUCCUGGACAGGGGGGACAACAAGCCGAUGCAACAAGUCCCCCACACCCUGGUCCAGCCAUGACCCCUCCACAAGUGACCAGCCUGUUUUCCAACAUAGACAUAUCAUCUGAGACAGGUGGGGGUCAGAAGAACUUGCCCGGUACAAAACCGAGGCAGAUCCUGGCCAAGACAACAGCAGCCACCUCAGUGACGUUGGGCACAUCUGUCAACAUGGCAUCCAACCACAUCAACUCUGGUGGCACAGUCCUCAUGCCCACAACACAGCUGAAUAUAGUUCAGACGAAUUUCAUACCCGUCCUGGCCAUACCCUCGACGCUAAACCCUGGGAAGAUGGAGUUCAAGAG